AUGACGAACAGAACAUCAUACGUGGAAAGAUUUGGACCGAAGAAUGGAGACAAGGACAUAGCCCUACGAAAGAGAUCUUCAAGGCUCAACGUGACAGCAAGAGGAGCCCUACUGUCGCAGAGCUGCGCCAUCACCAUCAUCACCGUGACCCAAGAUGUGGCCAACCUAAGUAGGUCACCUUUUACAGACGAGAUCAAGAAGACGGAGCCACCACGGAAGUUCAACCUGCCACAUUUCACCUCGUUUAGGGGAGGUGAAGAUCCGGACAAGCAUUUGAUGCAUUACCGAAGUGCCAUGACCCUCUACACCAACAAUGAUGCUUUCAUGUGCAAGAUUUUUGCCACGACGCUCCAAGGCGAGGCGCAAGUCUGGUUCUACACCCUACCGCCAUGCUUAAUUCGGAACUUCAGCGAGUUUUCCUUGGUUUUCACUAAGGAAUAUUUGUCAUACCGCUUGAUCAAAAAGAAGUUUGAUCACCUCUUCAAUAUGAAGAAGGACCUGAAGGAGUCACUCCGCUCUUUCGUCAAAAGAUUCAAGGUGGAGAAGGCAAAGAUUGUCAGAUGCGAUGACAACAUCGCAUGCUCAACUUUUCGAAAAGGGCUCCCAGCAGAUCACCAGCUUUUCGGAGAAUUGAUUAUAGCUAGAACAUGUCCUUGGCAAACUCUUAUGCUUUGCAAGCCAGGAGAUAAACGCAGGGACCGGUCUCCAGCAAAGGGAGGCACAGCACCCAAGACGUACACCAAGUUCUUAGUCCCGAUCAGCCAAAUCCUUCGCGACCUCAAGGACAAGCCAUGGUUCAAGCCGCCGCCACCUUUAAGGGGCGACAUCUCUAAGAUGGACCAGACCAAAUAUUACGCAUUCCAUAGAGGUCCUGGGUACACAUCCAAUGAUUACACUAUAUGGAAAAGAGUCAUGGUGGACAACGGCAGCUCAGUCAACCUCUUACAACUGUCAGUCAUCCAAAAGAUGGGCCUGGAAAACACAAUCAAACGUAAAAUAGAGGUCUUGAUUGGAUUCAACGGACUCACCUCAACUACCAUUGGCACUAUCACACUUGACGUAACCAGCCCAUUGAUUGUCUCAUCGCAGACCUUCAUGAUUGUCAGUGACCCAUUUUCUCACAAAGGGAUAUUGAGUCGUCCCUGGCUAGUGAAGAUUGGGGCUGUGACAUCGAUCGAGUAUCAGAAAAUCUGA